CACUCUCACUCUCCCACUCUUACUCUGCCAUUGAAGUUCACACCACCGUUUGCAUUGAGGCACCUUCUGAUAUUUCAAUCCUCCAUUGAAGCAGCUUCUGAGGAAUUUCGGCCGCAAAGUUUUCUGGGUCAUUGCUGCACAGUGAAGCAUACCGGUCCUGGGUUCCUCUUUCUCUUUUCUUUCUUUCUUUUCUUGUUUGUCACAGCUCAUUACAAAAAACCCGUUUGGAAAAAUGCUUUCGUGUCGCAAAAUUGCCAAGUGUGUCGUGUGCUUUUGGCCUCGGGAAGCUGUACAUUUGUAUGGUGUUUAUCAAAACAUUACCAGCUAUAGACGUCCAAUUUGUGCUUCCUUUUGCACUUUCCCGGAGUCACCUAAUGCUGCUGAUACCCUUAAUGUUGUUGAGUCACCCGAGUUACCUAAUUGGAUAAAGUUUUGUGAACAUGAAGACCCUUCUGUUGUGGAAUCGGAUGAUUUUGUUUUGCCCAAAAUUGCUGAAUGGGCUGACACCCAAAAGCUACAUGUUGACCAUAGCAAGUAUGUCAAACACAUGGUAGGUGAAAUUGUGGAUAGUGACGUCAAUAGGUUGGCCGAAGUUAUAAAGGGACAGUCUGAGUUGCCCAAUGCUGUUGGCUAUGCUCUGGCUGAGUGUGGGCAAAUUGAUUUAUCUGAGAGCUUGGUGGAGAAGAUUUUACAGAGAUUUCGUAAUGACUGGGUCCCUGCAUUUGGGUUUUUUAAAUGGGCCAAAGAUCAAACAGGUUUUAUGCCCACGGAUAAGUGCUACAAUAUGAUGGUUGAUAUAUUGGGGAUGUCAAGGAAAUUUGAAUUAAUGUGGGAGUUGGUCGAUGAGAUGCACAAAUUGGGAGGAUUAGUUUCAAUUGUCACAAUGAGUAGGGUUAUGAGAAGGCUUUCUAAAGCUGGAAAAUAUGAUGAUGCUGUUGAGACAUUUAAGAAAUUUGAGCACUAUGGCAUGAUCAAAGACACUACAGCAUUGCACAUAAUAAUGGAUACCUUGGUGAAAGAAAAGAAUGUUGAGCGUGCUCAGGAAGUAUUUUUGGAGUUUAAGGAUGAAAUAGCUCUGAAUUGUCGCACUUUUAAUAUCUUGAUCCAUGGUUGGUGCAAGGCUAGGAAACAUAAUGAAGCAAGAAAAAUAAUGGAGGUUAUGGAGAAGCAUGGCUGUCUCCCUGAUGUGGCAUCAUAUACUUGUUUUGUUGAGUCAUAUUGCCAAGAGAAAGAUUUUCGUAAAGUUGAUGAAAUUUUAAAUGAGAUGCAGCAAAAAGGUUGCCCCCCUAAUGUAGUGACUUAUACUAUUUUUAUGCUUGCUUUGGGGAAAGCUAAAGAGAUAAACGAAUCCUUGGAAAUUUAUCAAAAAAUGAUGCAAAAUGGUUGUGUCCCUGACUCAAGCUUCUAUAGUGCCUUGAUUUUCAUCCUGAGCAAUUCUGGAAGGUUUAAAGAUGCAUGUGAUCUCUUCAAUGAUAUGCCAAAGCAAAAUGUUGCCCCUGAUGUCUUGACAUACAAUACCAUGAUAUCUUCUGCUUGUGCUCAUUCAAAAGAAGAAUAUGCUUUUGAGUUACUCAAAGAAAUGGAGGAGAAGUCUUGUAGACCUAAUCUUCAGACUUUUAUACCAUUGCUGAAAAUGUGCUGUGUGCAGAAGAGAAUGAAGGUUCUCAAGUACUUGCUAGAUUACAUGUUUUUGAAAAAUAUUAGUGUUGAUUUCUCAACAUAUUGCCUUCUUGUGGAUCGGCUAUGUAAGAGUGGGAAACUGGAGCAUGCCUGUUCCUUUGUUGAACUAAUUAUCUUGAAGGGAAUGGUUCCUAAGGAUAACACGUACCAGUUGCUGAUGGAAAAACUUGAGCAGAAAGGCAUGGUGAAAGCGAAGCAGCAGAUUGAAAGUUUAAUGUUGAAGGCAGAAGUAUCACCCACAUAAUAGGACUUUUGGUUUCCGAUGAUGGUUGCAAUAGUGAGUUUUGUGACUAGGGAAGAAUUUGGUAGCGGAACUCAUUCCAAGUUUCUGCCUUCUCCAUUUUUUGCUUAUUGUGACAUGAUUAUAUGUAACAUAUUGCUAGUUUUAGCUCUUCAAAUGCCAAAGAAGCAUUGCUGAAGAGAGAUAAGACUCUAAGGUAGAAUUGUUUUCCUCUCUAACAAGAAUUUUUGUUUGCUGUAAUGUUCUUGAGUUUCUUCUUAGUCUGAUGAGUUCCAAUGGAACUACUCAA